GUUUCAGGGGAAAAAAAAAAAAGGAAAGAAAGAAAGAAAGAGAGAGAGAAGGGGGAAAAAAAAAGGCGACGGAAAUCAGUCCAUCCUGAUCAACCAGCCUGGCGCGUGUCGUUUUGCCUGCAGCUGCCGGAAUCGGGGAACGUAUCAGAUGACCGCUCGCUUGGAGGUGUUAAGAUCGCAGCCUCCGUGAUCGAGCGGCUUUCAGUCGGGAAGAACGAAAGGAAGUGAUAAAUGCGCGAUCGGAUUAUUAGAAACUAAUAAUCCAUCAAGGGAAGGCUUAGUCUCUUCCUCUCUCACUCUCUCUCUCAUGGCGACUCAGGGUCAGGUCAUCACCUGCACAGCGGCAGUAGCGUGGGAGGCGAACAAGCCGUUGUCGAUCGAGGAUGUGCAGGUGGCGCCGCCGCAGGCCGGGGAGGUGAGGAUUAAGAUCCUCUUCACCGCCCUCUGCCACACUGACGCCUAUACCUGGAGCGGCAAGGAUCCUGAGGGUCUCUUUCCUUGCAUCCUUGGCCAUGAGGCUGCAGGGAUUGUCGAGAGUGUUGGUGAAGGAGUAACUGAAGUUCAACCUGGAGAUCAUGUUAUACCUUGUUACCAGGCAGAAUGUAGAGAAUGCAAAUUCUGUAAAUCUGGAAAGACAAAUCUCUGUGGUAAAGUUCGUGCAGCUACUGGUGUUGGUAUUAUGAUGAAUGACCGCAAGAGUCGUUUCUCUAUAAAUGGGAAACCUAUUUAUCAUUUCAUGGGAACAUCAACAUUCAGCCAAUAUACAGUUGUACAUGAUGUUAGCGUGGCAAAAAUUGAUCCGCUGGCUCCUCUGGAGAAGGUCUGUCUGCUUGGCUGUGGUGUUCCUACAGGUCUUGGAGCAGUAUGGAAUACAGCAAAAGUGGAACCAGGUUCCAUUGUUGCGGUUUUUGGCCUUGGCACUGUGGGACUGGCGGUUGCUGAAGGGGCAAAAACAGCAGGUGCUUCUCGAAUUAUUGGUGUAGAUAUCGACAGCAAAAAGUUUGAUACUGCUAAGAAUUUUGGAGUCACUGAAUUUGUGAACCCAAAAGACCAUGAGAAACCAAUACAACAAGUCAUCAUUGACCUCACCGAUGGCGGCGUUGAUUACAGCUUUGAAUGCAUUGGAAAUGUUUCUGUCAUGAGGGCUGCUCUGGAAUGCUGUCAUAAGGGUUGGGGAACAUCAGUCAUUGUGGGUGUAGCAGCUUCUGGUCAGGAGAUAUCUACCCGGCCUUUCCAGUUAGUCACUGGGCGUGUCUGGAAAGGAACUGCCUUCGGUGGUUUCAAGAGCCGUUCUCAAGUACCAUGGCUUGUUGACAAGUACAUGAAGAAGGAAAUCAAGGUGGAUGAAUACAUCACACACACAUUGACACUGGAGGAUAUCAAUGAGGCCUUUGAUCUGAUGCAUGAAGGGGGGUGCUUGCGCUGCGUGCUUGCAAUGCAUGCGUGAUUGUGCCCUUAUCAGCUUCUUUCAUGCAAGGACCUAGGAUUAUGAAAACAUGGCCAUUAGCGUUGGACUUUGUGCCUCCUGUUUUAUGGCAAUGUGAUCUAUAAAAAGGUUUAAGAGGAAUAAUGAAGUCAUUGCCACAUUUUUUCAUGUUUUGAGAUGUGUAUGGAUCGUCUUGUAACGAACUAUGUUGUGGUUAUUUUGCUGGUUUCUUUUUAUUUGUGAGCUAUCUGGCAUUUGAGUAUCAUACUAAUAAGCUGCUUAUCCUGGAGAUUACAGUCUUGAAA